AUGGCGCCUCCAGCUGCGGAUAUUGAUCUUAUCUCAAGCCAGCCUGGCACUCUUCCCGUCCCCGUCGACAAGGGAGCAAGUCCAAGUCUAAAUUCCUUGAAUUAUUCUGGCUCUCUUGACGCAUACAAGUCUUUUGAGGUCACCAAUAUCAUCGGCAGGGAGUACCCAGAGCUCCAACUCAGCGAGAUCUUACAUGAUGACAACAAGAUCCGCGACUUGGCCAUAACUGUCUCUCAGCGAGGCGUAGUCUUCUUCCGCAACCAGGACCUUAAUAUCGACGAUCAAAAGAUACUUGGUCAAAAGCUGGGAGAGCUUACUGGAAAGCCUGCAACAUCAAAGCUUCAUCGUCACGCGCUUUCAAACAGCAAACGAGGCAUUGCAGUUGAUGAAAAUGGGAAGCUCGAUGAUGAAGUCUCUGUCAUCUCCUCGGAGCAAAACCGUAAGUUCUACAAGGAUCGGUUCUCGGCAGAGUCCAAGAAACUAGCCAGUGAAGGAUGGCACGCCGAUAUCACAUUCGAACGGAUCCCCUCAGACUAUGCGAUCCUCAAGAUCAUCAACAAGCCUGAGGAUGCCGGUGGUGACACCUUAUGGGCCUCAGGCUAUGAACUGUAUGACCGGCUAUCGCCGGCCUUCCAAAAGCUUGCUGAUUCCUUGACUGCUACCCAUCAUCAGCCAGCCUUCAACGAAGUCGCGAAGAAGUUUGGAGAAGAACUUAUUGACCAAGACCGUGGAGCUCCGGAAAAUACUGGGCUUGACUUCACUGCUUCACAUCCUGUAGUCCGCACCAAUCCAGUCACAGGUUGGAAGAGUCUUUUCGGAGCGGGUCAUCAAAUUGCGGCUGGUUGGAUUGAUAAUGUCACACCUAGAGAAAGCGAGAUUCUGAAGGAGUACUUCUUGCAGUUGAUAACUGAGAAUCAUGAUUUGCAGGUACGCUUCCGAUGGAACGAGAAUGACCUGGCGAUCUGGGACAACCGCUCCGUUUUCCACACGGCAACGAACGAUUAUACCGGCAAACGCCAGGGGAAUCGCGUUGUGUCGUUGGGAGAGAAGCCUUACUUUGAUCCCAAUUCGGUCUCGCGUCGCGAGGCACUUCAUGCCGUGGCCUAG